AUGUCCGACGUUCCCGCCCAAGACGUGGUUGGCGUCAAGGCUGAAGACGAAAACGACACCAACCCUACCAUCAUUCACCAAGAUGCCGACGAUGAUAUUAACGAAGAAGUGCUCUCGCGACCACUAGACCCAGGAACCAAGGCUGCGCGAUACACCGGUCCGCCCCGAGGAGGCAAGAUGCUGUCCUUCCGUCCCGGUGUCUUCCGUCGCAGUCAUCGACCUUUUCUGAAAUGCAACAGCAGAGAACUCAAGAAGCAAGAGGAAGCUGAAAAUGGAGCUUUCACCAGAUGGCGCACCAACCCUGAUGAGAUUGACGACUCCAACAUUCCCAUCAUCCGACUCACCGAAGCGUCAGACUCGGCCCAGUCAUUUGAAGCCUUCCACGCUACUGUCAUCGAGCCAAACAAGGAGGCUAUUGAACUGAUAUUGGUGGAGUACAACAAGAGCGUUCAUAUCCUUGACCAGCGCAACGAUGUCCAGUUCUUCGAAAAGUACCAUGAACAAUACACUAGUGGAGAUCUUGGCAAUUAUGGAAGACCUCGCACCGUCUUCAACCUUCGGCCUGAUAAAGCUUUAGACAUACACAUCGGCUUCCUCUGCACCUCAAAACAAGCAACCCACGACUGCGAAGCCCAGAAGUGCCCGCCGCUCUACGCCGCCUGCUUCAUCGCAUGGCACGGCCCAUCCUUCCGAUACUUCUUCACCAAAGCCUCCGAGACCGACGAAAACCCCAGCGACGUCUUCUUCUCGAUGCCCCGCGACGCACGCAUCACCGUCAAGUUUUGGGAGGACCGGGUCCGAGAUGUAGCGAGGGACACAAUGCGCCAGACGGUGCGGGAGAAUAACUGGAAUUGGGCGGCUGUGCUGGCUUCGGCGGUUCUGAAGAGUGGAUAUACGCCGUCGGAAUAUGAUCUGGGAGGGUUUGUGAACUGGACGGAGUUUGCGGAUAAGAAUGAUCUUGGGAGUGUGUUUUAUGGGGUCAUAUCGUCUGAUGAAGAGUCCUCUGGCGAAGAGUCGUCUUCUCAAGGGGAUGAAUGA